AUGCGGCAGCUUCGGCUCAUCACCAACAUGAGGGCUCAUAAUGACACGUGGUUUGCAGAUUACUUGCUAAGGGUCGGCAAUGGCACAGAGGAUGUCGACGAUCAAGGCAACAUACUACUCCCUGAAGACAUCUGUCUGCCGUCUACAGGCGAGGUUGAUGACCUGGAGAAGCUUAUUGACCACGUGUUUCCGAGUCUAGAUGACAACAUGUCUGAUUCGAAUUACAUGACAUCUCGCGCAAUCCUUUCCACGACAAACGACAAUGUCGACAAGAUAAACAUCCGCAUGAUAGAGCAUUUUCAUGCAGAUGAAGUAAUCUACCAUAGCUUUGACAAUGCGGAGGACGACCCAUAUGGCUACUACGCUCAGGAGUUUCUGAAUGGAUUGACUCCUAACGGUCUUCCUCCGCAUGCACUCAAGCUAAAGCUGAACUGCCCUGUCAUACUUCUAAGGAACAUUGAUCCAGCUAAUGGACUGUGUAACGGCACUAGGCUUGUUGUUAGAGGUUUUGAGAGGAACACCAUUGAUGCAGAAAUCAUGAUUGGACAACACGCUGGCAGGAGGGUCUUCCUUCCUCGAAUACCUCUCUGCCCAUCUGAAAACGACAUGUUUCCGUUCAAGUUUAAAAGGAAGCAAUUUCCUAUAAGGCUUAGCUUUGCUAUGACCAUUAACAAGGCUCAAGGGCAGACCAUCCCGAUUGUUGGUGUGUACCUACCCAAUCCCGUGUUCUCUCAUGGUCAGCUCUAUGUUGCUCUGUCUCGAGCCACCGCGAAAAGAAAUAUAAAGAUACUCAUUCAGAAGGAAAAGCCGAAGGAGAAGGUCAACAAGCAAAAGGACAAUCCAAAGAAGCGAAAAAGACCGACCGUGUCCUUACUGACGUCGAUGAAGAACAUCGUCUACAAGGAAGUCCUUACAGGCUGA